UCCCGAGUUGUUGAUUUUGCUCUCUUUUAUAUGCCAAGUAAAUUACAUCAGUAACAACAACAAAUGGUUUGGUGAGCAUGGGAGUCAUUCUAUUCAUACAUCCCUUAGUGUGUCAAUUAAUUAAAACCUGUGCUAUAUGCUAAAAUCGUUCUUGGAAGUUUGCACGAGAAAAAAAAACGUAAUGUUCCUUAAGAAUGUUCAUAGAAUUUAGUUUCAGUGAUAAAAUUCUACAACGUACGUGUUAUCAGGAGUGAAAGACAUGAAUGGCAUUGAUAAGUUGUUAAUCGAUACAUGAUAGUGGCAGCUGAGAGCACAGAACAGAAGUCGUGUAUGGUGACAUUUACUGCGAGACAUUUUGUCAACACACCUCAGUUUUUUUUAUAUCGUCCGAACGAAUGGUAUUUUUAGUAUUCGCCUCGGAAAGCUGAAUGGAUGAUACUUGCUUGAGUGCAAUGACCAUUGCAUGAAUCGAUGGCGAAUCAGCAGAUAAGCGACAAGAAUUGAAAUUUCGCUAAACGACAAAGACGAAAAUCGGCAAGGUCACAUCUGGGACGAAACGUUACCCUCUGUUUCGCACGAGAACAGUCAGUACCAAACCAAUUGAACCGGAGCCCUUUGAUUGGAUGUGUGAGCUGCGCACGACUAUCACUACCAUCAAACAUGAGGUCGACGGCGGUGAGCUCGGUAGCGGCGACAUCAGUUUUGUCGAAACUGGUGUCUGAUGCGUUACCUGCUGUGACAUAUUCGGAUAGAUAUCGUAACCCAUUGCAACCGCUGUUGUGUUUCUGUGAGCAGAAAGUUUUGCCUCGUGCUCGGGUACCGCCAGUGCGGCUGCAGUCGAUUCGGUAUUACUCGCGGUAUUCGGCAAGCCGUAUCAUGACCGGUACGGAUAUGUUUCGCUUCGCGGACUACGACUGUGUUGGGUUCGAUCUGGACAACACACUGCUCCGGUAUCAGAUCGGUAAUAUGAUUGAGCUGGAGUAUGACAUUAUGUCCAAGUUUCUGGUGGAGGAGCGAGGAUACUCCGGGAAGUAUUUGCUGCAACCAUUGGAUGUAGAUUUCUUGCAAAAAGGAUUACUCAUAGAUUUCCAACGGGGUAACAUUUUGAAGAUUGGUCCCGAUGGAACGAUACACCAGGCAACGCAUGGAACUAAGAAAAUGGCCGAAGCGGAAAUUAUCGCCUAUUAUGGGAAAGAAAAACGUUGGUCGGUUACGACGGAGUACUGCGAAAACAUGUUAGUAGCCUGGAAUGGUCCACUGUCGGAGAAGAUUCGAACGGUGCUAGACUAUUUCGACAUUUGCUCGACGAUGUUGUUCGGUAGGAUUGUCGAUACGUUGGACGAAGAAGCUCACCAACGACUAGGUCAAUACAAUGUUUGGCCGGAUGUGCUGGAUGCGUUAGUUAACAUGUACUCGCGAGAGCACUUCGGACGAAAUGUCGGAGGUUAUUUCAAAGCACUGAAACAGAAUCCCGAUAAAUAUCUACAGAAAGCAUCUCCUCAACUGAUCGCUUGGUUGCGCGAGCUGAAGCAUACCAAAACAACCUACCUGAUUACGGGUUCGCACAUAGACUUUGCGAACUUCACCGCAUCGUAUGCCCUCGGGCCCGAUUGGCCGGAACUGUUCGAUGUUGUGGUGGGAUUUGCCAAAAAACCUGGUUUCUUUAUUGGUGCGAAACCAUUCAUCGGACUGGAUGGUGCAACCGAAACCGAUCCCCUAACCCCGUCGCAGUUGGAACGUAAUCACUUCUACUCCCAGGGAAAUUGGCGCGAUCUUACUGUGCUUCUGCAGCGACUUUCGCACAAACAAAAUCCACGCUAUCUGUACAUCGGUGACAAUCUCAUUCAGGAUGUGUACACUCCGUCAAAGUUUACCAAAACCGACACGGUGGCCGUGGUGGAAGAGUUGACAGCGGAAGAAGAAGAAGAAGCGCAGUCCAGUUCACACCCUGAUGCAGCUUAUCUGCGGUCCAGGUUUUGGGGUUCAUAUUUUAUGGCCAGCUCGAAUCCACGCCAGGAGGAACCAUCGCUGUGGGCCGAUCUCAUUCAGCGAUACGCUCGAAUAUGUGUACCAAAUAUGGAUGUUGUUGCGCAGUAUCCGGUGGAUCACGCUAUUAUGGUAAAAUCAGCUGCGUGGAAAGUUUAGUUCCCUUCAUGCUAGUACUUUUUGCAAGGGCAUCGUUUGCAUGGUCAGACAUUACGGUAGGACUUACAGUAAUUUUAUGCUAGAUAGGUAAUUUUUACACUGAAACUUGGUCUAUUAGUGAGUGAAAUUAGCAUCAUAUUUUCCACUAGAAACUCAAGUGACGUACUGUUUUUGUUAUCUUUCGAAGAUGUUACGUGUUUGCAUGUUAACAAUAUAAAUAAUAUUGUGUAUUUUUAGACUUUCAAAAUGUAAAAAGUGAUAAAAUUUAUCGUACUAAAACAUCUUCAUUCGUUGGCAAAACCACACAACCAAAGAAAGUUAUGAAAGAUCAAUCGUGUUCGGAUGCUCGUAGCUGAUCACGAGUUCAUGCAUUAAAUGACGCCAUCACUGUGGUAGAGCAAUUUGCUGAAACAGAUUCUAUGUAUAUAUUUGCUCUUGUGUUACGAGAUGAAAGCCAUUGAUAGUCGACACGCGUCACGGAAGGGCAGCUCAGAAAGUCUAGCAUACUUUUAUAAUUGUUUGUUUGACAGAUAUCAAUUGGAUCAUUUUAUGGGUUCUAAUUUUUGGAUGAAACUAUAUUUACAAAACAAAAGUAAACAAAUCCAGAUUUUUAUUGCAUUUUGUUAGGAAUGUCCUAAUACACGCACUACCCGAACACCGUUUCUCAAUUCACUAUAGAUUCACUAAAAAAUCUGUCAACCCAUUUGACGUAUGUCGAAAUCAAUGAAAAAUAAUCAUUAAUGCUACUUUCGUCAAUUGGCAAUGUUUUGACCAAUGUACCAAAGCAUAAACAAAAGUGUAUGCGCGGACUCACGACAAUAUAGUUUUCCACGAAAAAGCAAAUCUAGUGUGAUAUUAUGAAAGCGAGACUUGCUGUAGGGUUGGAGAUAUUUAAUGGGAUCGAUUUGCUAUUAAGCUUGUUGAAAAAGCGAAAAUUAUCAAAACACUAAAAACGAGUCGACUGUCAUUUUUUUCCACUUGAUAUGCAAACCUAGCUCUUACUAAUGUUUUCGAGCAAAACUGGCUUUCACACAAAUGCGAGUAACAAAACGACGAAUGAACACUGUGACUUUCGCAAAACGACGUAACUAACAGAAGCAAAACGACUUAUGUGUCAAGUCAACCAGGAAAAAACGACCUAUAAUACUGUCCAAUGUACAUGGUCAAAUUACAAAACGACGUAAGUGUCGUUUUUGCCUAAAAGUUAUCUUUGUAGUUGAAAAUUGUAAAUUAGACACUAUGAUACGUUGCACGCAUACAAAUUUGACGAUUUAGUGAAGAGAUGAAGUUGUUUCAAUUACUCAUUUUUAAAUACGAUUUAAAAUUGUGCGAUUAUUUUUCAACAUCGCUUUUCUAGGCUCAGCUGAAAUGUUACAUUCGUCGUUUUGAACAUUUUAUGCAGAUUUAUAAUUGUCCUAUUUAACUACCACGAAAAAAUAAUUGAAUGAGCUACACUCUUACCAGCCGCUACCUAAUUUUGAGUCAAAGUCAACUAAAGUGCAGCAUCUCCCCAAUUUUAGGUAAUGAGUGAUGACCUCAAAAUUUAGGUAAAUGUAAGUUUACCCAAUGUGUUGUGCCAUGGCAAAGCACGCUACCCAUUUUAUUUACCACCAAGUCGAAAUUUGAGUAAAUAACGACCUAAUUUUUGGGUAGCUUAUAGAAGAGCUCGACAAUGAGUGAUUUCUCCCCAAAAAAUAGGUAAACUUGAUUUUCAGUGUACGUGGUGAAUACUUGCAGAUGUCACCGCAAUCGACACUAUUGGUUAAAAUUACAAGAUUAUUUUUGUUUUAUUCCGAUUAAAUUCACUUGUGGUUUAAACGACUUGGUAAUAAAGUUAUCUUCUACACACGAAAUCGUGUAAAAAGUGUUUUUUGUUGUGAAUACGACUUACUUUAUUAUGGGACGUCUUUUCAAAAUUUACCCUGUACAGGAACGGGCAGAAUUUUGUCGCGAAUAUCUCUUGAUGUACUUAGUCCAACAACAUAAUUUUUUCGGAAAUAUGAUCAGGAAUUUAUGAUUAAAUUUUUAACAGCGUGAGAUAACCAUAAAUAACUGCAAAACAAAGUUUUCUGAAGCUUUUGGAAAUGAUGAGGAAAAUUCAUCACGCUUGCUUGCCUUUUUCACACUCUGACGAAGGUUUUGAGGUAGUCUAAGGCGAAGCGAUUAGUCACCUUUUGUGUGGUAUAAAGUCUUAAACGCUCAGGUUGCGCUAUCAUUCGUUUGUAAUUUCUCUUUUGAAUUGUAUUUUGGAACUGAUUUUGGGAUCCAAAUUCCACAUAAAUUUUUAACUUAAUUUUUGUUUCACAAUGUAGUUUUGAAAUUCAGUUCCAUAAUACGGUUUCAAAAGUUAAAACGUGGACUCCGAAACUGAAUCCUAACUCUAGAUUUUUGGAACUCGUUCGUUGACUAGAUUUGGAACUAAAUUUAGUGUCUUAUUUUAAAUUCCAAUUCAUAUUCAGAAUUCUCAUUCUGGAACAAAAAUUCAGAAUUCCGAAACAAAAUGAUUGAUAUGAGUUCUACAUCUGAAUUUUGGAACAAAAUUUCAAAUCUGAACCAGAAUUUUGAAACGGAUUUCAGAAACCGAAUUUAAUUCAUGAUUGUAGUUACUGAGUUCUUAUUCAGAUUAAGCAUGCUGGAAUUGAAUUUAGGAACAUUGAAACUGGAUUCAGUGCUUCAAGUCAGGCUCAGAAUUCAAGUUCAAUAUUCAGUUCUAGAAUUGAGUUUGAAUCCAGAAUUGUGAAAAUAAGUUCAGGUCCAGAAGUUUAAAACUAAAUUAAUGAACUGAAUUCUUGAUCUGGAUUCCGAACCUGAAUUUUUCAAAUGAUUUCGAAUUAGUCCCUUGUUCCGAAUUCAGUUCCAGCCAUACUUCAAAAUAGAUCCUCCGUCAUAAUUCUAUAAGCGAAGCAAUAGAAGAUAUACAAUUCACACAAUCAAUCAAUUAAUAUUUGGAGGUGUUUGUUCGUGUUCACGUCCUCCAGUUAUGUCUCACAGUUUUAAUAAAAUUUGUUCGAGGCUAGACCGCGCAAUCUCUGUAAGAAUCGCCUUUGUUUUCAAGACUCGAAGGGGGCCGAGUGUCAUACACCUUUCUUUGCUACCUUUGCAAAAUCUUCGCUUGAUUCCAUAUGGAGACACUAAAAAUGGCCAAGAGCAAAAUGAUUCGACAGCAAUUGCGGAAUAUAGAACUAUAGACCUUAGAAAUCUCGAUUGAUAUAUUCACAGAUAACCCAUAUAUAGGCUCACAUAUGAACUGUGUGUAAAAUUUGCUUAAUCAGUUCGGCGAGCACUGGCAGAUGUCACCACGAUCGACACGAGGUGUCACCACGAUUUGGGUGCCGCUCCCACAUGAGCCAAAAUUUUGGGUGCUAGAUUUUUGUUUUGCUGUUGGUUAAAAUGGCAAUUUUAUUAUUGUUUUAUUCCGAUCGAAUUCUCUUGUGAUUUAUGCGACUUGGAAAUAAAUUUGUCUCUAACACUUAGGGAAAUCGUGUCAUAAGUGUUAAAAUUGUUAUAGUUCGAAUAUUUAUGUAACAGGCAGGAGGAUUUUGUUAUCGUUCCGGAACGUAGUGGAACGUUUUGAAAGAUCGCGGCGAAUAGUCGAGUAGGUGGCAGUAGUGUUUCCAACGUAUAGCAAAUAUGAAAUUUACACAGGAUUUUGAAAAAAAAAUUGUUCGAGCCUGUAUAUCUGUUAUCUGUGAUAUAUUCUUCCCGUUGUGUUCAUACUUUGAUGUACUUUCCGCACUGGUUUGAAGCGAAAACCGAACGGCACACUUUAGAAAUCCAACGGUGCGAACGAAGAACAUAGUAGAUCAAAAGAUCAAACUCGUGCGUUUUUCCCUGACGCAUGAGGCUUCACUCUUUCUGUCCGUCCUGCAGCCGAACUGCUCACAGUGCAGAUUAAUUCAAUACUGAAGCAAUUUUUGCGAAGGAUUUUCGUUUGCACAUUUUGUCAAAUACAGAAUUUGAUUUUUGCAUGUUUCAUCGAAAGAAACUAUCAUAAUGCCGAAUGAGAUUCAUUUCAGGCUUCCAGAAGGGUCGGAUUUUGGGAACUGUCCGGUGCAUUUUUCUGUACCACAAAGCAGCUAAAUGUUUAAUUGUUUGAUGCGAAGUUCGCACUGAAAACGGCUCACUUUAAUAAUGAUUGAAUGAUUAUGACAGUUAAAUAAUUCUCAUAGCUCUUUUGUAAACUUUUAUGACCCCUAAGAAGGGCUGAUUUGUGCAAAUUUUUCCGCUAUUGCUUACUUUACGGUAUAUUUUGCUCUAAUGCAAACGACCAGCGACUGGAUGAUAAUGUACUCCCUCCUUUUUGAUGUGAAACUCAACCUGCAAACGUCCCGCAGCAGAACUGCUCACAGAAGAUCUAGUUGUUGCUGUUUUUCUGCGUUUAGGCUUGAGGAACGGAGCCUUAUAUGCGCUAAUGACUGAAGUACCAGUUUAAUAAUGCUAAGUGUAGUUCCACUGUCCUGAUGUAGAUAGCGGCCUGCGCACUCGAUGUGUCUCCGUUCAUGGAUUAUCAAAGACUAAAGCUAAGUGCAACAGGGUCUAUUUAUAGAUUCGGUUGAUUUUUAUGUUUUGUGUUUGGAACUACUUUUUCACUAUUUCACUAUAUCGUUCUCGUAAUAAACGUAAUAUUCAGUGGCUUAUCUAGGGUUUUUUUUGCUAGACCAAGUCAUCUUUCCGGAGACAGAGUUCAACUUUUUUUGUUUUUUUGUUUGCUCACUAAACCAACGGUGGGGGCGACAAAUCUUAUUUUGCCCCGGGCGCCAAAUUUCCUCGGUAAUAUUGGCAACAAACUUACACCUUCUUCGAUUCGUCCUACGUCAAAAGUGCACCUGAUUUUUCGGAGUUGGCAAGACCGAUUUCCACAAACACAAAGAUUCAAACUUCCAAUUCCGGAAUGAUGGGAUAAAAUGUGCAUGAAAAAAGGGCAUUCUAUUUUCGCAGAAACCGCUGUAUCGACUAUCGCAAGCUUAGAAAAGGUCUCAGAGUCUCAUAGCCUUCCAUUGAAUUAUAUCCGGUUCUGACUUCCGGUUCCGGAGUUACAAGGUAAAAUUCAGGGUAGCAAGUGACCGGAAAAAUAGAGGAAACCGGGAAAAAAUCGAGAAUUUAGUUCCACCGGGGAAAAGUCGGGGAUUUCAGUGCAAAAUCGGGAAGAAAUUUUACUAGCCCAAAGCUGUGUAACAAUUUUCAGCAUCAUGCUUAUUUUCAACUAAUAGAAAUUUGGAGACCAAUUUUGCAUUUGAGCUAGAAAUUCAAGCAAAAGUUUUGAAACUACUUGCUGUCCUAUACCGAUUCUGUGUUGAACAAUCCAUUCGGAAUGCCAACACCACGAUUUUGUAGGAUUUAACAGCAGUUUUCAAACAAUCAUAAAGCAUCAGAGCUUUCUUAGUUGUUAUAAAUUACAGCCAAAUUAAUGCUCCGCUAGAACCAGGUCAAUUGUAGGAAGAUUUUCCAUAGAAUAUAAACUAGUUGGGCUGUUUGGAAAUAAAACAAACUUGAAACUCGUAUUUUCUGUUUAUUUUUCUGUCUACUCCACGAGAGAUGCUUAGUAUUUAGAACCAAUUGCUAUCUUGUGCGUUUUUGCAAAUCGCAUUUAAAUAGAUUGAUUGAUUCAUCAUACAUCUAAUGAUUUUGAAUUGGAUUUGGUUGGAUCAGAAUUGAAAAUGUUUUGUUUGACAGGACAUUGUCAAUAAUUGGUUUUGCGACAAUUUAAACAGCGUUCCAUGAUCGAAGCCCUGGCAAAAACUAUAUUUUGUCAGAUUCGGAAUGUAAACAGUCGUUUAUAAUUUUGCCCUCGAACUGAAAUUUCCAGGUUCACUUCUGGAAAAAGACUGUUGAAAUCGGAGUAAUCGAAUUUUAUGUGAAAGCUACGCUUAAAAGCAUUAUGUUGGCUUUUCGACAAAAUCACAAGAAUUUUUAUGCUGCAUUAUUUCGUAACAAGCAAAACUAGUCAACUUUCCUCAUAUCCGUUGGACAGAUAUGCUUCUUGUGUUGAUCCUACUGUUACAUCGAAUUUCUUCCAAAUGAUAAAAAAUUCUGAGUUUUUAUCUUGAAGAGCUAGUACAUACGAAUAGCAUUAGUGGCGAAGUAACAGACAAAAUGAAGAUGGCAUACAUUGAGCUGUAGGGUCAGUUCAAAUGUGAUGUGAAUGUGAUUUUUAAAAGCAGUUCAAAGGAUUGGUAGAAUCUUUAGUCUUCUAUGGUGGGCCAUUUGAAGUAAAAGCAUUUGUUUCUGAACAAAAUAUGUGAAAAAAACAUUUUUAGUUCAAGGAGAUAUGGUACAGCUAUUUUUUUGAAAAUGAUAUCGCAUAGGCCUCGAGUACAAAAUGUUCCCUUUUUUGGUGUUUUACAUCAGUCUUUUAGUUCAGAACUAAUUGGCUCAAGUGGUACGUUGUACUUCCGAAGAAGCUCACCGCCGACUAGGUCAAUAUAAUGUUUGGCAGGAUGUUUUGUCUUCGAGUUGAGUUCUGGUUAUUGGCUUAUCGGUGUAUAACUUGGAUUUCAAAUAGCCCCACAAAAAAAGUUAAAUCGGGUGAUCUCGGGGUCACCAGUCAAAAUUACCGUUUUUCUAUAUGACUCGUACGGGGAACAUCGGUCGUAGCCAAUCGAUUGUUAGUCCAGCUGUAUGGCAUGUUGCACCGUCCUGUUGAAACGAGUAACUAUUAAAACCAUUUUCUUUAACAAUGAGCCUCUCAAAAUCAUUUAUCAUGGUUUCGAUAACAAUGCCCAUUAACAGUUUCCGUUGCUCCAUCAUAGAGGCUGUUCCUCAAUUAUUUGAGGGUUUUCAAUGACAUAGAACCGACAAAUUUGCUUGCUUUGCUUAUUAACGUAAGGAGUGUAUCGAAAAUAAGCUAUCCACAAAUUUUUCUUUCAAAUUAUGAUAAAAAACGAUAUUCUAUUCAAACUAAAAAUUGAAAAAAAUUUAUUGUACGAGGUUAAACUUGAGCAUAAAGAAAACCGGAUGAAAUUAUUCCUUCACGAGUUUUCGAACUUUUGAUCGAACGCUCUUCAUCAAGUUCCGGACAAGUGUUGCAUCGCAUUUUUUGGACGCUUGAGCCCAAAUUUUGUUGACCUCCUGCAUGUUCCCAGCUGCCUAACCAGUCUUCUUGAAGACCCUCUUCACGAUUGCUCAGUAACGUUCGAUGGAUCGAAGCUGAGGCCAAUUUGGUGGAUUGAUAUUUUUCUCAACGAAAUGUAUACCCUUUUCCGCAAGCCAAUUGAGAGUGGUUUUGCCAUAGUGAGCCGACGCCAAAUCCAGCAAAAACAGUGGAGGUGUACUAUGCUUCUUAUAUAAAGGCAGCAAUCUCUUUUGGAAACACUCAGAUCGAUAGAUUCCUGCAUUUAUAGUUCCGGUAGUGUAAAAAAAUGGUUGACUUCAAACCACAGGAACAUAUUGCUUGCUAUACCACUACCUUUGGACCGAAUUUCUCCACUUGAAUCGACCUGUCCGCAUCGCUCACAUCCUCCCCAACGACGACAGUAAAAUAUUGCGGACCUGGAAGGGUUUUUGAGUCCUCUUUUACAUAAGUCUCAUCGUCCAUCAAAACGCAUGCAUCCGGACCCUGCAAAAGACGCGAAUACAAUUUCCGGGCCCUUGUUGCUGCUUGCUUCUUCUGUUUUACACUUUGUUCCGAGAUUUUCUGCUUCUUGUAGGUCUUUAGGUGAUUUCGCCUCUUGAUCCGCCAUUCCGACACUCGUUUCUGCUGUUUUGGCAAAAUCACGUAUUGACAUGGAUUUGUUCUUCAUGAUUAGAGAUGCAACUUUCUGGUCCAGUUUCGGGUUGAAAGAACCGGGUUUUCUGCCUCUUCCUGGUAGCUCAUCCUAAGAAUAAUGUUCCCCAAACCUAUUAAUUACGUUUUUAACACUGGCAUGAUGAAUUCCAAACCGCUUCGUCAAUUUUCGCAUAGUAAUACCCUUCUCACUCAGCCAUGUGUCCAGAACUUUAAUUUACACUUCCUUUUCAAUACGCGACAUUUUGAAAACGCAUCGAAAGCUGACAGCCAAACGCACAGCAUGCUGCGAUCUGAGCAUGAAAAACUACCACAAAUACAUGCGUACAACAUAAAUGUAUGUGGAUAGCUUAUUUUCGAUACACUCCUUAUCCAUUUAACGUGAGAUGUGCCUCGUCUGACAUGAUGAUUUUUCGCCAAAAUUCAUUCGGUGUGUACUGUUCUUUCCUAAAAUUAAAAUUGUUAUGUUAUUGGUCGAUCUGACAAUUCUGUCAAAAAUUAUUGGGUUGUCCGAUGCUUCCACUUUAAAUGACCCACUCUGUAUAACCUAAAAAAAUAAACCAGUUGUCAGAUCGGUAAGGCCAUCUCUGAGAAAAAGAAACAAAUUCCACUAUCGCAGGUAUAUAGGAAAGCGGUUCGUCUGGCCCUCAAUUAACAUGACCUAAAAACUCUAUUAGUUUUUAUUCAAAUACAGAACAGACUAGCAAUACGAAUGUGUACUUACUGUUCGACGAUUGCUUCGAGUGGGUCUAAACGUCCAUUGAGAAAUUUUAAUGUUAUGUCCGGAUUUAGAGAAAAUGGCGAACGUUUUGCUGAAACCAAUCUGAGCGUGACUCGAAUAGCUGAAAUAGAACACGAGGCCAUUGUGACUCCACGAUCAUUUGAACACACAACAUAAUUUUAAACUGAUAUUCCAGACUUACCAGAGCCUAAAAUUGUCACGCAUUCUCUCUGAAAGAAUCCAAUCUAACAGCCUCGCAUUCGUUUUUUCACCGUCUCACUCGUAAAUGAUGGCAUCCAAAACGAACGAAGAGAGACGAAGCUUGAAACAGAAGAGAGUACCAAUGCAAACGUCACUCGUUCUCCUAUGACAAGACGAAACCGAAAUACCGUCUGCAGGGUGAAUCAGUCGAAUUUCAAUUCUCAUUCUUUCUUCGAUGUAUUGAAAAUCUGUGACGUUUGGUUAUAAUUAUCUCCGAAAUAUUUCGUCAGAAAAUAGCUGCGUAGUGCCAAGCGAAAAUGUACAACGAAAAUAACAGUUGUCUUGCCGAAUUUCGGUAACAGCUAACACAUAUUUUGAAAAUUCGACAAACGCAUUUGCUAAUUUCUGGAUAAUUGUUAAUCACCGAUGAGUUCAGCACAAGAUUUGGUCAAAUCUCGGCAAAAAGAUGCAUAUCUACUGAACGAAUCUCGGAAAACAUAAUAUUGAUUACUGAGCAAUCAGCAAAAUUGUGUGCUACCGAUCUGUCUCGGCAUUUGACUUUACCGAGUUCAAGAAUUGGUUUUAAGUGUGUGUCUGUACUAUUAUUGAUAUGCAUAAUGUUAGUAUAGUUGAUGGUAUAUAUAACCGAUAAAAAGAACAUUAAAAAUCUUUCAUUGUGCCGUUUGGCAUUAUGCCAUACGACCAUCGCAGUAUCGAAGACCAACUUUUCAUCGCCAGUAACAAUUCGAUGCAAAAAACCGUUUCUUAUGUGCAGGAUUGGAGCAGUUGUUCGCACGCGAAGAAAUGGCGUUCGACUACCCUUGACUACAAUUCAUACGGCACCCAAUUAUCUACCUUUUUGGGUCAUUCCCAUUGCUUUUAAACGUUGGCCCCCAUUGCUUUAAAAGAAUGGCUGGCUGAAGUAGCUUCGAGUGAUUGUGCAAAUUCUUCUUGCGGUAUAGUCAAAUCAAUUCCACAAACUUAGGUUUAAAGGCUUGUGGUUUCAUGUGAAACAUUAGACGGAUCCGACUUCCGGUUCCGGAAUUAUAGGGCAAAGAGUUCUUAAUUGAAAAUUACGAUGCAAAAUACGUAACGAAUUCAUUUUAACUAUCCCCAUAUGAUCUUGUUUGCCGAUGGCUAAACUAAUUUACUUGACUAUUCUGAUACCGGGAAUAGCAGUGGAAAAAUUUGAAAGUAAACUUGCAUCAAUUUUUCGUAUUACCGGUAAUGAGAUUGUCAUCAUUAUACCACUAGGUGAAUUAAAACAGAUUUUUGCCUAUGCUUACGAAUGUUACUCAACAAAUUGGCUAUACUUAUUCAAUACGUCAAAUAUGACAUCUAUAUACUAUAGUUGAGUGUUUCAAAUAGUAUGCGGACGUAUCUCUUUUUUUCGAAAACAUUAUCCUUUCUGUAAGGGUUCAUUUAUUUGUCCGGUUAAAUCUGAUUUUCCUCAGGCAUUGCAUAACUGAACUUAGUUAUUGCGACUUUUCGUCAAUCCAACAAAAAUAUUUAAAUUAUUCGAAAUCAUUUACCCACUUUUUCGGUAACUAUCGCUAGUGUUUACAGAAAUAUUUAUCUCACGAAAAUUUGAAGGACAAGUCUUAUUCGUUUGUCAUUUCGAUGAAAUGACGAACUUUUUUCUCGAAAUAUUUCGCAUCAUGUUUUGAACACUGUUCGUCAACCUAACCGGACAUUCUAUUCAAUCAUCACUUAAUAUCUGAACCAUAACGACUCACAAGACUUAUUCAGCUUCUGCUCAGUAAUUGUCAAGCAAAUUCUCGAUCGGCAGAAAUGGAAGGCGAUUGGUUUGGUUGUGGUUCUUUUCGAUAUAAGUCGCCCUGUUUUCAGGUAUCUCUCGACUGUAGUGGCAACCAGCUAAAUUUUUCCAAAGCAUUAGAGGACCUUUGCAUGAUAGAAUAGUUUUUUUACAUGUACUCUUAAAAAGUAGAGCUCCGAAUUCCUAGACUCAAUUGUAAAGAAAACUUGAGUAUUUUCCCGCUGAUGCAAAUCGCAAACUUAUUAGCAAAAACAAUUGUUUUGCAAUAAAAUUAAUUUUGUUGAUGUUUUCAAUAAACCUAUAUUGAGUGGUGUUCAAGUAAUCGUGAAAUGUUGUAAUUUAUAGAAAAAUAUUUAUUCAUCCUAUUACACGUAUCGAGUCGUUCUGAAAACACAAUGGAGUAAGGAUAAUUGAAACAAUCAACAACGUAUGCUAAAAGUAGUAGUUUGCAGUAACUCGAAAAGCCUUGCCCAAUAACCAACACUCAGAUGCGCCAUCUUCAAGAUUUUACGUCAAAGACAAUAAUUCUCAAGCACAUACCACUCUAAAAACAUCACACUUUAGCUAGAUAUAAAUAUGCAGUUGAAUGUCAUUUUCAGAGGUAUCAUAAUAUAAUGCAAUAAAACGUGACUUUCUGAAAGCAAAUAUUGCUCUCAAAGAGCUUCAGAUUAGAUAACAAAUGUUUCAAUGCAAAUGAUUCGUAGUGUGCGUAGUUCAAUCACAAUAAUUAUUGUUGUAGUUUAAAUUAAAUGUUCUAAAGCUGUAACCAAGUAGAUCAGUGUCUGUUUGAAAAUAUAGGACAGUCUCCGUUUCAUAGGUAGAGAAAUUAUUUUAAAUUGUUGCCUAAAUUUAAGUUGUUCCAGCAUUGUAUUGAAGAUAAGAUUUUUAGUAAAAUAAAGCUUCCAGCAAAUUCAUUUCCGUUAAA